AUGGCGUGCGCGCUGCUUCCCGUAGGCGCGACCACGGCCGUGGCCCUCCAGCCUCCUCGUCGGAGCGCCGCCGUCUCCAAGGGACAUCCGAAUCAAGUUGCGUGUAUGAAUCAGCUUCAGUGGAAGCUUCCCUUAACCGGCGCGAAUUUCAAUGACACUGCGGAGUCCCACGGGUCCAGGAGCCGUGUUGCCUGCUGCACAGGUUCAGGUUCAGGUUCGUCAGCAGAAGCAGCCACUUCAAGCAGAUCUGCAGAUGUUUCAAGUUCUCACAGCGAUGUAUCCAUGAGAGACUCCGUGGAUGCUGUUCCAGGUGCGCCCAUUGUCAUCUCGGGCUACUGGAUUGGUCCUGGCAUGGAUGAUGGCUGUGGUCAUAUUCAAGCCAUUUUGCAAAGGAUUUCCUGAUAAUGUAUGAUGGUAAACUAGGUGAGUCAAUGCCAUUUGAUCUAGGCUCAAUCAUCGGCUGAAUCAGGGCCUUGUAAUUAAUGUUUCUUUUGAGAUGGAUUGGAAAUUUAGUAUGUGACUACAUGCAGUCUAAUCUGUUGUUCAGUCACAUACUACACAUCCAUUAUGGAGAUUUCCAAGGAAUAUGAAUGCCACGCAUCCAUUUGGGGCGUUACUGCA